AGUUAAGCACCGCUUUAAAAUUUUUGAAAAUAGUUCGACAUGGAUCGAACUUUUUCAACACACCUUAUUUACAUGCUCCGUUGCUUCGCAUUUGCUCACAAUAAAUAGUUAUGAAAAAUGUAACAAAAUGCUUGACAUCAACAGUUGCUCCUACAACAACAUCGUCAACAUCAAUGCCAACCACAGAACAAACAAUUUCUGAAAGGACAACAACAUCAGCAAAAACAACAACAACAACAGGCUCACCAACUUCACAUUCAGCGGUAAGAAUGUGUCACACGUGUGGAAACGCUGAUAACUCUUUGCCCUGCGACACGAGGACCAUCUACUUAGGUAACUUACAGAGCUGUGCUGCGGGGGAGGAUUUCUGUAUGACUGAUAUUGUUCACGAUGAGAGUCCAUAUCCUAAAACAUUUAAAAGGUGCGUGUCAGAGCAAGAGUGUCGAAACAAGUGGCUCCACCAGACGUCUGAUUUAGACUACUGUCUGCAAUAUGGAAGUGUUCCAAUGUCAGGACAGUACACCUGUCAUUUUUGUUGUGUAGGAGAUGGGUGUAAUGCAGGGCAGAUUCCGGAUAAUUCCACCUACUAUUCCAGAGCAUGA